AGAGCUUUUAGGUUUGUACACCUGUUCCAACUAAUCUACAUUAUUUCAUCCUAACUUUGGAUACACAUUCGUUUGAUUCUCAUCCUGCAAGUCAAGAUGCCUUCCACUAAGAAGGCCCUAGCCUGGGCUCUCUCCUUUGCACCUUCUGCUUUCUCCGCCGCACUACCCUUCAAGCGCGCCAUCUCCUCCGUGGUUUCGGGAUCUCCUGUUGGCUUCGCGAGUGGCGCGACAGGUGGCGGCGAUGCAACACCCGUGUAUCCCACUACCAUCGCCGAUCUCAAGAAGUACCUUACCUCGAAGAACCCCCAGGUGAUUGUCAUCGAUGGCCAGUACGACUUCGCCGGAUCCGAGGGUACGCAGAAGGAGCAGGCUUGCAACAUUUACUCGUGUACUCCUGAGAAUGGCGGUCAGGGCAUGCUCAACACGCUCAAUGGGUGCACAACCGCGACGUAUAACGUCGAAAUCGACACCGCAGCGUACCAGGGUAUUCAGGUGCAGUCGCACAAGACGCUCGUGGGCAAGAACGGCGCGACGCUCAACGGUAAGGGCCUCCGCCUCGUCUCCGUCUCCAACAUCAUAAUUCAGAACCUGAAGAUCACCAACUUGAACCCGAAAUACGUCUGGGGCGGCGACGCCAUCUCGCUGUCUAACACCUCCGACAUCUGGAUCGACCACGUCGAGACCAGCCUCACGGGCCGCCAGCACUACUCCUUCGGUCAGGAACCAAACCACUAUGUCACUAUUUCCAACAGCUUCGUCAACGGUGAGACGAAGUACUCUGCCAGCUGCGACAGCCACACGUACUGGGGCGAGGAAAUGGUCGGGAAAGACGACAGUAUCACGUGGUACAGGAACCAUGUGUAUAUGACGAGCGGGCGGAGUCCCGCGAUGAGUGGCGGGACGCUGUUACAUGCGGUCAACAAUGUGUUUGAGGAUAACACAGGGCAUCUUAUUGAGGGUGGGGAGGCGGGCGCGCGGGGGAUUUUCGAGGGUAAUGUGUUCAAGAAUGUCAAAACGACGCUUGACAGCGGGUUCAAGGGGCAGUUGUUUGGUGCGACGGCUAGCAAUGCAGGGCAGUGCCAGACUGCGCUGGGGAGGAAGUGUGAGGCAAAUGAGUUUAGCAGUGCGCCUGAGCUGAACAGGGCUGAUACAGGGUUCUUCAAGAACUUCAAUGGGUUCUUCAUUGUCGGGGCUGCGUCCGCGCAGAGUAUCCAAGAUGAGGUGCCGAAGCGUGCGGGGGCGACAUUGUAGGUGGGUGAUAGGGCCGUUUCGUUUCUCUUGUAUCCUUUAUAGACCUACCUUCACAUACUAGGCCAGGAUGCCUAGCGAAUUUCAAUCAUAGCACGAUG